AAUGUCAAAGACCCCUGCAAAACGUAAACGUCUUAGAGCAAGGGAAAACAAUGAUGUUCCUGGACCUUCUACAGAACCAGACCAUCAUCCGCUGUCCAGUGUGGUGCCAAUGAUUGACUAUGCGGAGCUGGCAAGACACAUUGUGUAACAACAAGCAAUCCAAGGACAGGCGGAACAACAGUUGGUUACCGAAAACAAUGUACAGGGGAGCCAGCCAGAAGCUGCAACACCCACAAUGACCUCAGCAACAGUGUCAGGUGGAACCCAUAGUGUGGGGGCUACCAAUGUCCUACCUGGACCACAGUCUGUCUCCCCCAUGGACACCCCCAACAUUUCUAAUGUGGGUUCGAUUUUAGAUGUAGUUUUCUCAGGUGAGUCAGUAAGGUCUCCACCAAUCAAGAUGUUAGAUGCGGUACCUUUAGGUGCUACGAUUUCGGUUAAAUUGAAAAAUAAGAUUUGGGCAAAUGAGUUUGUUGAUUUGCGCUCACUUCUUCCUGAUCAAUCUGAAGAACCACUCUCUAUCACCAUCAAAGCUGGUAAAAUUGAUGUGGAGCACACAUCUAAAAACAAAUCACCCCUCAGCAUUAAUCAGUGGACUGAUGCAUUUUUGAUUUUUUCCACUAUUUACAUACAGAAAAAUCCCCAGGAGGCUGGGAAUCUGCUCAAGUACUGUUUUUCAGUGAGGGAGAUGAGCCACAUAUACAUUGAUUCAGCCUGGAGGGGCUAUGAUGAGAGUUUUAGGCGGCUCAGAGAAUCUCACACACUGCCUUGGGAAAAUUCUGUCCCAGAAUUAAGACUCAAGGUAGCCUCUAUGGGGUUUAAGGUUUCUGGAAAACCAGCAAACCAGACUUAUGGGAAACAGAAUCCUUUUCGUCCCUUCUCGGGUAAAGUCUGCUUCGCAUUUAACAGAGGUCAGCAAUGCGCAUCAAACCCCUGUAAAUACGCUCACCUUUGUCAAGAGUGUACCGGCAAACACCCAAAAUCUAAAUGUUUUCAAAGGGAAAAGCAACAUUUCAAAGGAGGCAACAGGCAAAAACAAUCUGCCAACGCCUAUACACCCAACAAACCUGCAAAGUGAGCUCCAAGGAUACCCCAUUGAUAAAGUAGAAUUUUUUAUACAUGGGGUUACCCAUGGUUUUCGUUUAGGCUGCAUUGGCUCGCCAGACACGCAUGAACCUCAUAAUCAUAAAUCUGCAUUACAACACCCGGAAGUGAUAGAGGAAUAUAUUAAAAAAGGUUUAGACACUCAGAGAAUACAUGGUCUAUUUCCCUCUCCUCCUGUUACUAAUUUUAAAACCUCUCCCUUGGGGGUGGUCCCUAAGUCGGACCCUGGGAAAUUUCGGAUUAUCCAUGACCUUUCUUAUCCACAUGGUCAUUCUGUAAAUUCUCUUAUCCCCCCAGAGGCCUCUGCAGUUACUUAUGACUCCAUUGACACGAUUAUCUCACUUGUUCAAAAAUUCGGAAAACAUGCACUUAUGGCUAAGUCUGACAUUAAGGAUGCCUUUAGGAUCAUGCCUGUCAAUCCCUUAGAUUACCAUUUAUUAGGUUUUGUUUGGAAUUCUGCGUUCUAUUAUGAACGAUGUCUACCUAUGGGGGCAAGCAGUUUAUGUCAAAUAUUUGAACAAUUAAGCAAUGCCUUGCAGUGGAUUAUGUAUACCAAAUACAAUGCAUCUGGCAUCUCUCACAUUCUCGAUGACUUCUUCUUCAUAUCACAUGCAAAAUCUUCCAAGUGCAAAGAUGAUCUUACAAAUUUUUUGUACCUGUGCAAGAAAACAGGUAUCGAGUAUUUGCAGCAUUUUGAACGGCAAACGGAAACUCUCACUGAUGCCCGGGAUACCAGAAAAGUUCUCGAAAAAAUAUUUUCGAACCCCGAUUUAAAUGAAAAUGACCACAUUAACGUUUACAAAACACAUUUUUUGAGACCAGACGGUUUUUCUAAUCCGACUGACCCAUGUUACAUUGCACACCGCACAAUUCCAUUAUUAAAUGAAAAAAGCGAAAAAUGGUUCAUCAAACAAAGACUUGGUGUCAACACUAUUGGAAAAAUCAUGAGAAAAAUGUCCACAGAUUGCUGAAUCUUGAAAACGCUUAUCAGAUACUAGUACCGGAAAAUAUUGCGCGCAGAAACUGAGAGAAAAUGACAUUGCCCCCACUGACAUAAUGCAAGUCACCGACCAUAAGAAUGUAAACUCCUGCAAUAAUUACUCAGAAAUUACAAUCAGAAAACAAAGAGAUGUCCACAUUAUUAUUAACGACAAAGAAUCAACAGUCUACUGGACAGGCCCCAUCUACAGUACCUCGAUCUGCUGCGAUUCCCAGCAUUCAACAAGCACAGUCUCUUUUUUCUGGAGCCGUAUUAAAUGUUACAAAUCUCAACAUCUUUACUUACCAAAGUGCCUCACAGGAAUUCUCGCCCUCAGAUCCAAAGAAACCACGAUUAUAAAUCCAAAACCACAAACACUUUUACUUUUCAUUGUUAAUUGUUCAACUUUUCUAAUAACGCGGCAUUAAAAUAUUACUUGCAUU